CAUCGUAUUAUCUGCGGUUUUGUUUUUCUUUUUUCAGGUUACUAGGUGUCAAGAUCUCAGUUACAUAAUGACUAUCUCUACACCAUUUAUUAAGAACGCACCAACGUCCAGGUGUGACCACCAGAAUCGACAAAACAUGCUUCACAUUGAAGAUAAGAUGAACUGUUUCGAAUACAAACGCUACGGGGAAAGAAAGACCCAAACCUGCCAUGACUGUCAAAUCGACCCCAAGCCAUCGCUACUCCUGCGAGGGACCUACUACGAGCGCUGCGAAAAGGAAAUUCGAGAGAUCGAAAGACGCAUCAAAGUUGGAAUCACGCCAAUCUCUAGAAGUCGACCGUACGGGGAAAACGACAAGCAUCGACACAAACAGAAUCAGUUAAAACUAGAGGCAGCGAUACACGAAAAAUAUUUGACUAACUCGUGCAACUUGGAAAUGAAAGAAAAGUGUGAUUCAAAAAUUGAAUCGCGAAUUCCUUCUGUGGAUCUUUAUAAAGAGAUCAAAGAAAUGGACUGUCACUUGAAUCAGCUUCGUUUGAAGUGUUCGAUUCACGAUCCAUCCUCUUGAUCGAUUAACAGGAAGAUACACGUUACGCGCUAAAUAAACUACGACUAAAACAAGUAGAUCUUUGGUGUCACACAAGAGGAACCGAUAAAAUUUUCUGGUCAUCUUCC